AUGUCAGCUGGCGCUCCGGAGAGCGGGGCGGCGGCGGCGGCAACUCCUCGCUUCCUCGCCCCGCCGCCUCCCCCGCCCAAGAACGGCUCGAGUUCCGACAGCUCCGUGGGCGAGAAGCUGGGGGUGCCCGCUGUGGUGACGCCGUCCGGCCCGGGCGACCCGGAGGGGUCGGAAGGUGCUAGUUGCCGUAGCGAGGAGUACCGCCGUCGCCGGCACACCAUGGACAAGGACAGCCGCGGUGCGGCGGCCACGGAGCACCGCUUUUUCCGCCGGAGCGUCAUUUGCGAUUCGAAUGCGACCGCUUUGGACCUUCCGCGGCUGCAGCCGGCGGCGCCUCCCCCGGCGGCUGCGGCUGCUGCUGCUCGAGGGAGCAUCCCGCCCGUGUUGGGCUCUCCUCCCGAGUCUGUCAUCCAGGCAGCCGGCGCUUCUGUCGCCUCCAGCCAGGCGCCCGCGUUGCUUCUCCAGCAGCCCGCAUCUCUGCCUCCAGCCGCAGAAGCGCCGUCUGGUCCAGAGCUCUUGGUGGCGAAGGAGGUUGCCCCCUUGUUAGCCAAGGAGGAAGGGAUAGAAGCCACUCCACUGCCCCCUACCAGUACGGCAGGAAGCGUGGCCGCUUCGGCCCGGGAUCUGCAGGAAGAGCGGAGUAAGCAGCAAGAAGAUAUCGAAGAGCUGGAGACCAAAGCGGUGGCUUUCUCCCCGGAUGGUCGUUUUUUGAAGUUUGACAUUGAGAUUGGCCGAGGCUCCUUCAAGACUGUCUACAAGGGACUUGACACUGAGACCACAGUGGAGGUUGCUUGGUGUGAGCUGCAGGAUCGGAAGCUGUCCAAAUCAGAAAGGCAACGGUUUAAGGAGGAAGCUGAAAUGCUGAAAGGGCUUCAGCAUCCUAAUAUUGUUAGAUUCUAUGAUUCCUGGGAAUCUACAGUCAAGGGAAAGAAAUGUAUUGUUCUCGUUACGGAACUUAUGACAUCUGGCACAUUGAAAACAUAUUUAAAAAGAUUUAAAGUGAUGAAAAUUAAAGUGCUACGAAGCUGGUGCCGGCAAAUACUCAAGGGUUUACAGUUCUUGCACACACGCACUCCUCCCAUUAUCCAUCGUGAUUUGAAGUGUGACAACAUCUUUAUCACUGGCCCCACAGGAUCAGUCAAGAUAGGAGAUUUGGGCUUGGCAACUUUAAAACGAGCUUCUUUUGCCAAAAGUGUGAUAGGUACCCCAGAGUUCAUGGCACCCGAGAUGUAUGAAGAGAAAUACGAUGAGUCCGUUGAUGUAUAUGCUUUUGGGAUGUGUAUGCUUGAGAUGGCUACAUCUGAAUACCCUUAUUCUGAAUGUCAAAAUGCUGCACAGAUCUACCGUCGAGUGACCAGUGGAGUCAAGCCAGCCAGCUUUGAUAAAGUAGCUAUUCCUGAAGUGAAGGAAAUAAUUGAGGGAUGCAUUCGUCAAAAUAAAGAUGAAAGAUACGCUAUCAAGGAUCUUCUGAACCAUGCAUUCUUCCAGGAAGAAACUGGUGUGCGUGUAGAAUUAGCAGAAGAAGAUGAUGGAGAGAAAAUUGCUAUUAAGCUCUGGUUACGAAUUGAAGACAUUAAAAAGCUAAAAGGAAAAUACAAGGAUAAUGAAGCAAUAGAAUUUUCUUUUGACUUGGAAAGAGAUGUUCCAGAGGAUGUAGCACAAGAAAUGGUUGAAUCUGGAUAUGUCUGUGAAGGAGAUCACAAAACAAUGGCUAAAGCUAUAAAGGAUAGGGUGUCUUUGAUUAAGCGAAAGAGAGAGCAGCGUCAGUUGGUGAGGGAAGAACAGGAGAAAAGGAAACAACAAGAAGUCAAUCAGAAGCAGCAGACAGAACAGAAAACACAAGCAGGGUCUGCCCAGCAAGGCACAAAACAGGCUGUGCCUACUACAAGUGUCACUGCUGUUCCCACCACUUCAACUUCUGUUUCUACCCAAGUAGAACCUGAGGAACCCGAGGCAGAUCAGCAUCAACAGGUUCAGUUCCAGCAACCCAGCGUUUCCGUAUUAUCUGAUGGCACAAUUGACAGUGGCCAGGGUUCAUCUCUCUUUAAUGAAUCAUGUGUGAGUAGCCAACAGACGGUUUCCUUCACUUCCCAGCAUGAACAGUCUCUUCCAACACUUCCAGCCUCAGGAUAUUCAGUUCCUGUUGGUCAGCCACAGUCACAACAGCCUGGAGGAUACCAGACCUCUACGGUGCCUCAACCUGGCUGUAGCAUGUCAGUUUGUGCUUCCACUCUUUCCCUCUUCCUUCCCUCUCCAGUCCCUCCCAGUGCUCCUUCCACCCUGCCAUUAGCAUUGUCUGUACCUUUUUCUUCUUCCUAUCUUCGGACUACCCCGCAGGAAACUUUUGGUGAAAAGCUUUCCAAAGCCCUGGAGAGUGUCCUGCCCAUGCAUAUCACCUCUCCACGCAACCAACGGCGCUCCAGCCUGCCUUCCCUCUUUGUCAGCCCUCCUCAGUCCAUGAUGCAUCCAUAUGGGGGAAUCCCAGCAUUCCUAGAUUCCCAAGUAAUUCUUUCUACUGUUCGUGAACAGCCAGGCUCUUUCUCACCACCACCCACCUGUCCUUCAGGGGUGUCCAUUUCUCAACGGCGCAAAAGUACUUCUAUCCUUGAAGCCCAAACUUGCCAUUUCCAGCCCUUGUUGAAGACCAGCCAAAAUGUAUUUUUCCCUGGUGGUAGUCCAACAAUUUGGACACCAGAGACAUUAGCGACAAUGAGCACAACUGCUCAUACGUCCACAAGAGAACACAUUCAGGCUAACACUGUGUUGAAGUCGACUCAGAACAAUUACAGACCUGGACAAGCAACUUCGGAGGAUGCUACAAACAUGUUGACCCAAGAAGCACUAUAUUUAGUGGGCAUGCACUAUCAGUCUCAAUUACCCGAACACUAUGAGACAGUAUCCUAUAAUGCUCAAGGAACUGAGCAAAACUUGCUACAGGCUCCUGAACCGAGAAAUGUACAAAGUGGCCCUCUUCAGAAUUCUGGUUUUGAAUAUCAAACGGGGCAGACCUUUUUGGCAAGACAAAUUCAAAAUUUGAGAUUGGAUUCUGGAAUGAAUCCAUUAUUGCCAGUGUCCAGCAUAUCAGCCCCAUUGAGUGGAGACGCCAUACAGAUGAAUUUUCAUCCAGUCUUUGUUCCACAUUCUGCACCUGCUAUACUCUCUCACAGUGGGGAUGGUCAAACAAGUGUGUUUGAGUUCCAUGUUCAAACUCCCAGUGUAACUGCAGGAGAAAGUACAACCUUAUCUCAGUGUGUUUAUAGAAAUCGUCACACAGAUUUUAACCAGGAGGAGUCUACUCAAAGAACUUUACAGCCUGUUCGUCUUCAGCCUGUAAAAGAGGAACAGAGUAAUUAUAUGAGUUCUGAGUUCAUGAUGAGUAGAGGCAGUUCUGUUCUCCAGAGCUGGCUGGAAGGUAGCCCAGGGUAUUCCAGUGACUCAUCACAGUUGACUUCUUCCGAUACUAGUGAUUUUCUGUCGCCUCCUCUGAGUGGGACAUCUGUAUCAUAUGCUACAGAUUUAUCUUUUUCUGCUUCCCAAAUGGCUCAGAAGGUAUUGCCAGAUUCACAGAUCUUCAUCCACUUUCCACAGGGAACUUCAUCUGAACAAGCACUCUCUGCAUUGGUUUCAACAAGAUCUUCUGCACUCUAUCCUCAGAUGCAAGGGCAGCCAUCCUCAAAUGAAUCAUCAGUGAACACAUCACAACUUUUGCAGCAAAACCAACUGACUACCCAACAGCCAACCACCCCUCAGCAGACUGGGCAGUACCAAGUUCCACAGCCAUCAGUUUCCACUGGAGCUGCUCCAUUGCAGCCAGUAACACAACAAGCACAAGUAAUGCCUAUGCCUCAGGUACCUGCUGGGACACAGCUUCCUGUUUCCCAAACAGUGCCGAUCAUCCAGGGUGAAUUACCUAUUGGAGCACCUUCCCUUGCUCAGUCUUCAGCUGCCCCAGUCAUGUCUCACUUCCUCCCAGUGGGACAGGCCAUACAACCACCACUUCUUCCACAGUUCUCGGCCUCUCAGAUGCCCAUACCAGCACCUCAUGUGUCUGUGGCUCAGCCGUGCUUCCCAUCUCUAUCCAUUUCUAUGGCAGCUGGCAUUAACCAGCCACUGCUUACCCUGGCUACAUCUGCUGCAGCAGCUGCUAUUCCUGUGGGCUCAACUGUUGUCCCUAGCCAGCUCCCAACUCUCUUGCAGCCUGUGGCUCAGCUGUCCAGCCAGGUGCUCCCACAACUUCUUCAGCCAGGUGUUCAAUCCAUGGGAUUACCUCCUACUCUGGGACAAACUGCUGAAGUUCCACUUCCACCUACAGAUGCUCUAUACCAGGGCUUCCCACCUCGGCUACCAGCACAGUACAUUGGAGACGCAAACAUUGCUUCCUCUUCUGUGGCUUCUGCUUGCCUUCCUUCUGCAGUAUUGUCCCCUCCUUUACCCACAGAAGCAUUGGCUCAGCCAAGCUAUCUUGCUGCAGUAGGGCAGCCUUACAUGGAACAGAAUGUUUUAGUUUCUUUGAGCAGUCUAGGAGGACAGGUUCAAGUGCCCCAGUCUGCUUCCACACAGCAGACAGCAUUAGAGGGUACAACUCCUGGAAUCACGCAGAUUGCACCUCCAGAGCCUCAGCCUUCAAUACAGCAGCAACCUUCACAAUCAACUCCAUUAGUUUCUUCAAUAGACAGUGCUCAUUCAGAUGUUGCCUCCGGCUUAAGUGAUUGCAAUGAAAGUGUUUCAGCCUCUAGUGGUAGACAUGAAGGGAGGACUACAAAGCGGCAUUAUCGUAAAUCAGUACGCAGCCGUUCUCGACAUGAGAAAACUACACGUCCCAAACUGAGAAUUCUUAAUGUUUCAAAUAAAGGUGAUCGAGUUGUGGAAUGUCAGCUAGAAACACACAACAGAAAAAUGGUUACUUUCAAAUUUGAUUUGGAUGGUGACAAUCCAGAGGAAAUCGCUUCUAUAAUGGUGCAAAAUGAAUUCAUACUAGCAAUAGAGAGAGAUUCAUUUGUUGAGCAGGUUCGAGAUAUUAUAGAAAAGGCAGAUGAGAUGCUCAAUGAAGAUCCCAGUAUGGAGGCAGAAGGCGAUCAAAGUAUGGAUGGUAUUCAGAACCAGGUUUUUGGUGUACCUCCUAAUUCAUUUACUCAGGUAGUCCAUUCCGCUGGAAGAAGAUUCAUUGUCAGUCCUGUACCAGAAAGUAGAUUGCGAGAACAGAAAUUUUUCACUUCCAUUCCACCAGAAUAUGAGCUUUUUGAUUCAGUUGCUGCUUUCACACCUCAUGGUCCUGGGAUGAAUCUCUCACAUUCUGCAUCAUCAGUCAGUCUGCAGCAAGCUUUCUCAGAUCUCAAGCAUAUGCAACACACUGAAGGGCCUAGCACAGCUCCCCCAGUUUUCAACCAAGCUAUGCCUCCUUUUCCCACUGUAGCUUCAGGUGUCAAUGGGCUGCCAUCUACAAGUGUAACUGCUUCUUCUGCAUCACUUCCUCCCUCCAGUAGUAUUUCUUUAUCAGCAACUCAGUCCACACAAAAGGCAACCGCAGGGCUUCCAGCAAGUGAAGAAUUGUCAGUCCCAAGCUCUCCACCACCAGUGUUGCCUGGGUCACAGUUGAAUAGUGGACUAGCUUUGAGUGUCAGCACACCUUCAUUUUCAUCAACAACUGUAGUCCAGGCAGCUUCUGCUACUGGAGAAAUUGUUUCUAGUAUUAGCACACCUGCUUCUCUGACGUUGCCACAAGCUGGAACAACAGGGCCUAGUGUUACAAUAUCAGGUGUUAUGGCACCAUCAGUGCCAUCCCAGCAAGUUGGUAGUGCUGUUUCAACAACUUCUCAAACAAUUCCUGUGUCUAUGGCACAGAGCAUUGUUUCACAGUCUUCUCAGUUGAACACCAGCACUUCUGUUCCCAGCCUAGCAAAAAUGGUAGUGGUUAGUGUGCUGCAGCCAAGAUCAGAAAGCGAACAGGCAUCAGAAAAUCCACAGCUGUGCCAUACAGGUGAAGUACCUGUGCAUGUUUCUGUACCAAUACUCUCUACAGGAGCCCCGUGUACGUCUAGCAGCAGCUCCCAGCAAUCUGUGGUACAGCCGUUACCCGUCCCACCUAUAGUUACCUCAUCUAGUCUUGCAACAUCGUUGGGUGCAGUCUCUACCCCAGUAUUACCCCAGGUCCCUUUGCCUGGUAGCGUACCAAUGGCACAGCCAGUAGCUAAUAUACCUGUUGUCCAGCAGACUUUAAUACAUAGUCAGCCUCAACCAGCUCCAUUACCCAAUCAGCCUCAUACUCAUUCUCUAGAAGGGGAUAUUGACACCCAGCCCAAAGCACCUGGCAUAGAUGACAUAAAAACCCUGGAGGAAAAACUACGAUCCCUCUUCAGUGAACAUGGUGGAAUUGGAACAGCUCACCCCUCUGUGUCCCUGGAAACAUCUUUAACAAUGGAGACCACAGCCAUUCCUGGCUUGCCAAGUACGACCGUUGCACCCACAAAGCCUGUGGCGUCCAUUGCAACUACCAGUAUGCCACCAGCAAGUUUGGUGCUUGGUCCAACAGGUCUUCCUGUCAUGACACCGGUUGUCACUCCAGGACAAGCAGGCACCCCAGUUAGUUCUGUCUCAGUGACGUGCUGUCCUGCAACAGCAACAACUAAACCAGGGACACCUCCUUCAAAACCACCUCUUAGCAGGGCAUCGGGAUUACCAGUAGGUUCUGAACUUCCAACUGGUGCUCUAUCCAGUGAGCAGCUGCCACCCUUUCCGGGACCUACACUAACUCAGUCCCAACAACCUUUGGAAGAUCUGGAUGCCCAGUUGAGAAGAACUCUGAGUCCAGAGAUGGUUACAACAACUUCUGUACCACCUGUGGCAACUUCAGCAGUUACUGGAAUGGUGUCUACAUCAGAACAACCCACAGAUUCUGGUUCUCAGGAUGCAGAGAGCUUUGCCACAAGUAGCACCUCAGGAGUUGCAGUUCUUAAGAUGGGUCGUUUUCAGGUGUCCGUGGCUGUGGAUGAUCAGAAAGACAGUGAAAGUAAACCCAAGCACUUUGAUACAACAACCUCGGAAUCCUCAUCUUUGUCUAGCAGCAGUCCAGAAAGUACUCUCGUGAAGCAAAUCUUCAGUGGGACAGCAGAUAAUAUUCCUGUUACUUCAGUGGAUGCAGUGGAUGGCGGAGUCCCUCCCACCGUUCAUUUGCAGCCAACCAAGGUUGGACGUUUCCAGGUGACCACAACGACAGACACAGUUGGUCGCUUUUCUGUGUCUAGAACUCAAGAUGAGGUAGCCUGUGUAGAGAGAGAGAUUCCUGAAGUGGUCCCUUUGUCCGUGGACUCUGAGCAAGCUUCUUCUCCACUUACAACUCCUAAAUCGGAAUUUGCCCAGAGAAGGCCAUCUCUGCAUCUGAAUGGACCGUCAUCUGAAUUGGAAGCUGCUUUCCUGAGUGGUGCAGCUAAAGAGUUUGACGAUGGUUUGGGGAGUCCUGAUUCUCUUCAUCCACCCGUUUCCAAAAUCAGUCUUCCAGUCCAGAGUCUCAGCAACUCAUUCAACUCUUCCUACAUGAGCAGCGAUAAUGAGUCAGACAUAGAAGAUGAAGAUUUGAAGUGUGAGCUACGUCAACUGCGGGAAAAGCACCUUAAAGAGAUCCAGGAACUUCAGAGUCGUCAAAAGCUGGAGAUUGAACUCCUUUACACAAAGUUGGGCAAAGUCCCUCCAGCAGUAAUCAUCCCUCCUGCUGCCCCUCUCUCAGGCAGGAGAAGAAGACCUACGAAAGGGAAAAGCAGCCGGUCCAGUCGCAGCAGUUCCCAGGGCAAUAAGAGCCCUCAGAUAUUGGGAAACCUGUCUGCUCAGAGUGCCCCUUCAGUUCUACCCCAGCAGCAGACCCUGCACCCUCCUGGCAGUGUCCCUGAAACAGGACAGAACCAUCUGUUGCAGCCACUGAAGCCAUCUCCUUCUAGUGAAAAUCUCUAUUCAGCUUUUACUAGUGAUGGUGCCAUUUCUGUUCCAAGCCUUUCUGCACCAGGCCAAGGGACCAGCAGUGUAAACACUGUUGGGGGUACAGUAAACAGCCAGGCACCUCAGUCUCAGCCCCCUGCCUCUAGUCGGAAAGGAACUUUUACUGAUGAUCUGCACAAACUAGUGGACAACUGGGCUCGUGACGCUAUGAAUCUGUCCGGCAAGAAAGGAAGCAAAGGACACGGAAAUUAUGAGGGUCCAGGAAUGGCAAGGAAGUUCUCUGCACCAAGCCAACUCUGCAUCUCGAUGACAUCUUCUCUUGGUGCUACCCCUAUCUCUGCAGCAUCAGCUACCUCCCUAGGUCCCUUCACCAAGGCCAUGUGUCCCCCUCAGCCAUUUGGUUAUCCAACAGUGCCCUUUGUAGCCCCCUGGAGCGGGACAGGUGGUCCAGCACAGCAGCCUUUAAACCAGUUCCAGCCUGUAGGAACUGCCUCAUUACAAAACUUCAACAUCAGCAACUUACAGAAAUCUAUCAGCAACCCCCCUGGCUCUAAUCUGCGGACCACUUAGUGAUUCCCAGCCGCAUUGCUGGGUAGACCUUUGGGCAGGAGUUGGGGCCUGAAUUAACUGCUAGGCUCUGUUGUGCCCAAAAGGGAUGGAUUUCCCCCCCUCUAACCAUUGCUCUCUGCUCUCAGUAAGUAAAGCCCCCCAUUCGGAAGAUGGGGAGAAAUUGAUCAGGAUCCUCUAAGAUGGCACAUGCUUCCUCUAAUCCUUGUAUGUGGCAGAAUGUAUAAAGAUGGAAACCACCAUGCAAGUCAGCAGCCUCUGACUGUAAAAUUCACAUGACUUAAGAGGCUGGAUCCUGUGGGUUGGGAAGAAAGGUGUUAGCCUUCGCAUGAAUCUUGAGUAUGCUGUUUGCCUUGCUCUGAAGAAUUAAGCCCAGGGGAAAAGCUGUCCAUUUUUUUCCACCAUCUUGUCUAUUCCUUCCUCCAAAGCAUCACAUCACAGUUCCUGAGCGAGUGAGCACACAGAUGGACAUGCAGAAUAGCCCGUGCUUUGAGAUCAGUCUUUCCUGCUUUCAGGAAAAAGAUACUAACAGCUUUGACAGCAGCAUUAGAGCAAUUUAAAAUGUUUAGAAGAAAAAAAAUAAUAAUAAUUAAAAGUUCCCUGAGGACAUGUACUUACCAUCAGUUUUGAUGUGGAAACACUGUGAUAUAUAAAUGUUGUUGGACAACAGUAGUUUAAAAAAAAAAUAUGAGUGGAAUAUAGAGGGUUAAACAGUCAAAAAAGAAAAAAAUGGGAAAAAAGCUAGCUAUAUCCUGAUACUUAUUGGAGACACUUUAACUUUUUUCCUUUUUAUUUUCAUUGUAUUAGAUAAAUGUGAAUGUAUAAUUGUAUAAAUUAAUGUACUUGAAUACUUGUCUGUUCUCCCAGUAUGCUUGCUGGAUAUUUUAGUGCCUUGGACUUUUUAUUGCUUCUGCAGUUAGCAUCACCUGCCUAGCAGACUUUAGACAGACCGAAGGAAAGGAGAGAGGGAGGUUAUUUUGGACGUAGCCACUGAAAUACCAAAGGCCUAAAACAUUGGACGUUUAUACUGUAACAGUGUCUAGAGUAGGUGUUGGAGGGGAGCUACUGCAGCUGUACGUUGAAAAGGUAAAGCUAUGGAGCGAUGGGGAAAACCAGCGAUGGAUAUUGGUGGAGGGUGCAGAAAUGAUGACAUGUAACCAGAGUAAAGCUGGGCUGAAUGUGAACAGAAAGAGAGAGAGGGAGGGAGGGAGAAGGGCUUGUCUGAAAGGACAGCUUUUGACUGAGAGCUACAAAGGGUUUUAGGAGGGGCAAUAUGUGUUCAGAAACUGGAGUUUAUCACUCUGGGGAAGUGUGAAAGUCUCCUGGGAUUUGCUCUUCAUUGUCUUUAAUUCUACCUAGAAAAGGGCAGAAAUAGAUAUUCCAUGUUGCGGGUUUCAUUGCCAAGGAUAGAUAACACUUGAAACACUCAAAAAUCAAAAAUAAACUUGUUUUUGUUAAAUGUCUAAAGGACUCAAAACUGGUACCAAGACUGUAACUGUGUUGCCUUCUAGUAGGUGUUCUAUAUCUCCUACUUUCCGCUCAAACUUGGUUUCUAACUCAACAUCCAGGUUCUCUAUUCAAAUGAAAUAACUGCAACCAACUAGUAUUACUCUGUAUUGCUGCAGCAGGCUGUGAAGGGUCAAAGUACUUCUAUUUUGUAUUUGGAAGUAGCUUUACUGCUGGUCUAAAAGUUUGUAUACUAAGUAAAAAAAAAAAAUAUGUCCCCCCCCCUCUUUUCCCCCCCAAAAACGUUCCUUUAAGGUUAGCAGGGAAUUUGUUAUUUCUGUACUUGUUUGCUCUACCCUCAAACAUAUGCACAGGUUGGUCUUUCCAUCCCUUUGUCUCCAGUUGAGGUUUAGAGUGGCUUUGUCGAGGAGGGAGGCCUCGGCAUGGUGGCCGAAAGGCAAAAGACGGGAGUCUAGGUAGCUGGGCUUCGACACCUUUUCAGACUUUAAAGUCCCCAUUUUGACGGAAUCUGGGGAAGCCGUGGCUUCCUACUGUUAAUGGAGAAGCUUUUACUUUCUGAGUUUGUGGCCAUUCUUCAAAGGAAAAUGAAUUGACGUGCAGGAAGUAUCAAGAAUCAGUGACGAAAGGUGCCACUUCAUGGUUAGAAUGGUCAGCUGAGUGUUGCACGAGGAUGGUAUUUUUGGUUUAAUAUGUUUGAGGUUGGGUUUUUCACUUAGUUAUGCAAGUACUGGUUUUAUUUCCCAUUGAUUUCCCUCCUGUGGAUUAAAUAACUGAGGUCUAGAAGAAUUAACUAAUGCUACUGAACUGUUAAAUUAUUUUGUGUUAAUAUUACACUUUGAGUACCUUUUUUUUCCCACAAGAUCUGUUUCUGAAUUACAGAUGUUUUCUUUACAUUAUUUAACAAUGUACACUGUAAAAAUAAAAUAAAAUGAAUUCAAACCUUGGGCUUCCCUGGCCGUAGUUAAUGGUAUGUUUUGCACUAAAUCCAGGCAUUGCGCUUCAUGUACAAUUGCGCUUUGUGCUGCAGUUUGUUACCUUCUUUGUAGAUAUUUAAUGAAAUCAUUCAAAUAAACCAAACCUGCUUUUGUUGAA